GGAAAAAGGAGAAAACAGAAAGCGUCUGCCAUAAGAAGAGGGCGAGAGAGAGAAUGAGAAACGUGCAUGCCGUGCUGGGGGGAGGUGUGUUGUGUUUGUGUGCGUGUGUGUGUGUGUGUGUGUGUGUGUGUGUGUGUGAAUGCAUGCAUGUGUACUUCGGCGCUCGCUCUGUCUGUGCGCCGCGCGGACUGAAAGAAAUCAAAUAAAAGGAAUACAACCCAAGCAGACCAGGAUUGCUUUUAAGCUGCUGUGGCCGGGCUAACAAGUCUCAUGCUCCUCCUCUCUGUCUCCUCUUCUGCGCUCUGCUCUCCGACCGGCUGUCUCAUCAGGACGUUCAGGACCAUACUGUUCGUGAAGUCGCUUCAGUGGAUGGCCCCAGAAGUGGUGGCCAGAUGGAAAUUGGGUCACAUGACCGCCUCCAGGAAGGCGUGCUGAGCCUGGAACUGGCCAAUGGGCUGAAUCCCUACCCUAACAAUGAAGACACCUCUAUGGAAACGGAACAACACAGGGCUGGAAGCGUGCCCCCAAGACAGUGGGUGUCAGGACAUGGCAAGGUCAGUGACACCCCACAACAACAGCAACCAUGUUGGAGCGGCAGCAGUAGUACAACCACUGGUGAGCCUGGCCACCACGCAAACAUGGAGGACGCCCACAAUCUGGUGGCUUUCUCUGCUAUUGCUGGCUCCUUGCCUCCUUCUUCCUCCUCUUCCUGCCUCGUGAAGCCCAACACGGCCCAGCUUUAUGAGAAGUUCACCAAGGAGAUGGGUGCUGAAGGAGCUCAGGCCAGAGUCCCAUCGGGGGCUCCGAGGAGUAGCUGCCAACCUCCAGAAGACUUGAACACUCUACAAACAGCACUGAGCCAAGCCAAACAUGGACACAAGCCCCCUAACUGCAACUGUGACGGGCCUGACUGUCCAGACUAUCUCGAGUGGCUGGAGAAGAAGAUCAAGUUGGCGACCAACGAGGAUCAAGGCGCCUGCAAGACUGUUGACGCACCUCCGCAUUUACAGCCCCAACCACUUAAACUCCAUUUGCAACAUCGCCCUCAGCCCUACCCCCAAGUGAAUGGUGGCCAUCAUUUUUCUUCAUCAUUCUCCCAGCAUCAAAGCCCUCAUACAAACCAAGUGCCCGGCUCCAGACCCCCAAUUCCCUGUUCUCCCCAGGUGCUCUCUAUAGCCAAGGAAAAGAACGUCAGUCUGCAGACCGCCAUCGCCAUAGAAGCCCUGACUCAGUUAUCUGCUACUGGUCCACAAGCUGCCAGUUCUCCAAGUCAAUCCCCGUACAACAGUAACCUCCAUCACCACCAACACACUCACAGCCUCCACUCUCAGCCCCCCAAUGGCACCAGCUUGAUCUCAUCCUCCCCCGGCCCUCAUUCAUCCUCUUCCCGGUCUCAAUCCGUCCCUCCAGGACUACACACUAGCCUGCCGGCCUCAAUGUCCUAUGAGCAUCACAGGCCCCAAUCCCAGGGCCAGCCGCCUCAUGUUACCCCUCUCUCAUCUUCUACCUCUCCCUUCCCAAGUCAGGGAAAACAUCCAGGCUUCAACCCUAAUCCCCAGCAGUGGCAGCAGGGCUCAGGCAGAGGGUCUGAACAGAAGAACCAAUGGAUGUGUGUGAAGUCUGAGCCUCAUUCCAACUUUGCAGCUUCACCUCAGAGUAACUUAGACCCCAUGUCCGAGCUCAAACAGCUGCUCGGUGACACCAGUGGCAAAUUCAGCAAUGCUUUCAAGCAUCCAGUCACGCAGCAGCUCAGAUUGAGCCAGAAUGGUGGAAUUCAGGCCCAGGACAACCCAGCAUUGGCCAAGAUAAAACAAGAGCCAGACUCUGGUGAGCACUAUAAUCACACUGCCUCCAUGGGACAUUACGGCAUAGCUAAUUGUCAGCAGCAGAGUCAGCACUAUCCUGGCACUCCCCUGUCUCCUGGCCAGGCAGCCAUCAGCCACUCCACUCAGGCAGCUCUGCAACAGCAUCUUCACUACAAGAGAAACCUCUUCUCUAACCACUCCCCUGGCUUAGGAUCGCCGGGCCCUCGUGCACCAAUAGCGUGCCAAAAUUUGAAGAAGUGGUGGCCACAGAUGGAGGCAGAAGGUUUGCCACAUCUGGCCAUCAAACAGGAACCUAAGGAGCCCAAGAAGAAAAAAAGCAGCCAAGCAUCCCCUGUCAUAAAAGCUAUGAGUGGCAUGGUUUCAUUCCCUCCCAUGCCCAAACCCAAACAGAUAAUCAUUAAAAAGACCAAGCAGAAAGCCUCGUUGCCAACCUUCUUGCCUCAGACUCAGAUUUCAGUACAAAAAACGCCCGUCUACAUGAUGGACAGAGCCCCAGCCCUGAACAGCCUGCCACCAGGUUGUCCCCCCUCUCUGCCCCUCCACAGUAACUCCACUCAGGCUGCUGCUGCAGGCCUCCCUGCCCCAGCCCAAACUCAGGUAUCUCUCUCCAACUCCUCAAUGACUCCCUCUUCCUUCGUCCCCUCCUUGUCAGAAAACACUCCAGCCCUCAUGGGCCGUCUGCCCCCCCCUGGGGCCCCUGUAUCCUAUGCGGAGUCAGAGGAAACAGGCAACCAGGCCUCAAGUAACACCAGCACCACCACACCUCUGACCUCCACAUCGCCAUCUAGCACGUCACAAUUACAGAGUCUCACCAACAUAGACCCGAAGUAUGAAGAACUGAUCCGCCAGUUUGAGGCUGAAUUUGGGGACUCUGCCCCGGAUGCACUUGCCAGUCAGCCCAUGGAGGGGACUGCUACAGCCCCUCAGUGGGGGAGCCAGUCCCAGACCAUUCCACAAAACCUCAGUACUACAUCAACACCCAAAUCCCAGUCAGAUUCUUUAUUUCCUACCACUCAAGCCAGCUCCACAAAUCAUCAAAAUGAUCAUGAGAUGAAAGCUAUUAAGGAUGAGACAGCGACUCCAAUGGAAGAAACCUUAAACCAGGCAUCCACUGAAAGCACAUAUGAGAAACGGCACGAGGGUACCCAACAAGUCCCUCUGGCUCAGGGUAACAUUCUAGAGAAGCAGCAGCAGCAGCAGCAGCCGAGUGUAUUAGAGGAUAUGUUCAGCAUGCCAGGUUCUCCAUUGUCUAAACGCAUGAAGAUUGAAGCCUCUGGGGAUAUAACAGUACUCUCCACCACAUGCUAUUCUGAAGAGGACACGCCGACUAAGGACAGUCUGCCUUCCUCUCCAUCUCUCAAAGGCUUCCUGGAGUCUCCUCUACGCUAUCUAGACAGCCCCACCAAGACGUUACUGGAUACACCAUCCAAGGACCUGCAGGCAGAGUUCCCUACCUGCACCUGUGUGGAACAAAUCCUGGAGAAGGAUGAAGGGCCUUACUACAACCACCUGGGAUCUGGACCUACAGUGGCCUCCAUACGAGACCUGAUGGAGACGAGGUACGGAGAGAAAGGGGACGCCAUCCGGAUUGAGAAGGUGGUGUACACAGGCAGAGAGGGGAAGAGCUCCCGAGGAUGUCCUAUCGCUAAGUGGGUGAUCCGCCGUAGCGGCGAGAAAGAGAAGCUGCUGUGUCUGGUGCGGCAUCGCGCCGGCCACCACUGUGCCAAUGCUGUCAUCAUCAUCCUCAUCAUGGCCUGGGAGGGCGUCCCCAAGCCCCUGGCCGACAAGCUGUACCGGGAGCUCAGCAACACCCUCACCAAAUUCGGCAACCCCACCAGCCGACGCUGCGGCCUCAAUGAUGAUCGAACCUGUGCAUGCCAAGGCAAGGACCCUGACUCCUGUGGUGCUUCCUUCUCCUUCGGCUGCUCCUGGAGUAUGUACUUCAACGGCUGCAAGUACGCCCGGAGUAAACUGCCGCGCAAGUUCAGGCUACAAGGAGAUCGCCCUGAAGAGGAGGACAAACUCAGGGAUAACUUCCAGCAUCUGGCAACUGAGGUGGCUCCUUUGUACAAGCAACUGGCUCCGCAGGCUUACAGUAACCAGUGUCAGUCAGAGGAGAAAGCUCCAGACUGCAGACUCGGCUUGAAGGAAGGACGGCCGUUCUCUGGAGUCACUGCUUGUAUGGAUUUCUGUGCCCAUGCUCAUAAGGAUCAACACAAUCUCUACAACGGCUGCACAGUGGUGUGCACUUUAACUAAGGAAGACAACCGAGCAGUGAAAGGGAUCCCUGAGGACGAGCAGCUCCAUGUGUUGCCUCUGUACAAGAUGUCUGUGACGGAUGAGUUCGGCAGCGAGGAGGCCCAGCGCCUCAAGAUGCAGACGGGAGCCAUUCAGGUGCUGCAGGCUUUCCGCCGUGAGGUGCGCAAGCUGCCCGAACCUGCCAAGUCCUGCAGACAGCGCCGCCUGGAGGCCAAGAAGGCGACCUCAGAGAAGAAGAAAAACAAACUCCUGCAGCAGGCGGGCGAGACUCCAGAGAAAACUGUGGUCAAGGCUGAGGUCUGCAUCACGGCUUCCCCUCAACCCCAAGGCAAUAAAGCAAUUAUCAAACAGGAAGUGAAGCCCAACAUCAAGAAAGAGCCCUUCAACGGAUCAAUGGAUGGAUACCCCGUGCAGGCAGCAGACCCUUUCAACAAUAUCUAUCCACACGCUGCCUACUAUGCAAGGGGAGGCCACCCCCCGACCGGCCAGCCCUCUGCACCAGACCCGGUUAACGGUUACCAUCACAAUCUGCACUAUGGCUACUACAACUACCCCCCCAACGCACUUUUCCGCCCUAAGCUAAGGACCUACGAGGGUCGAAAUGGCUCUCUGCUUAAAGCCGGCAUCAAGGCCGAGCAGGUGGACGUGAAGCCUGAUUUUCAGAGCCUUCAGGCUAGACUCGCCCAGUCCUACCCGAGCCACCCAGAGCAAGCCAACCAGCUUAACCACAGCGCUUACACCCAGCCCGCAGACUACAACCAAUCCCGUCCUUCCUCCGUCUCUUCUGAACCCUCCAACAGGGGCACUCCAGUGAUCAAGCAGGAACCUAUGGACAUGCCGGUGUAUGAAGGCAGCCAGGCCGGUGCCAACACACCCAGCACUACCCUCCAGCCCUCGGCCUGGCCAGGACACAAGCUCAAUGGGAGUAUCGUUCCCAACAACUGGGAAGGCCAUUUGAACCCCAAACCAAGCCCUGAUAGCUCAUUGUUGAAUCCGGAUAAGCAGCAGUUUCACCAGCAUUCCCAACAGAGGCAGCCCUCCCCUUACCCCCAGCAGUGGACAUCGUACCAUGGCUCAAACGCCAUGAUGACCUCACCCAUCCCAUCGCCCUCACUACAGGUACCUUGCUCUCUGUCUCCGUCCCCUCAUCUCCAAGGAUCCACACGCUCAAUCACCCCACGCCCAAGCACCCCUGGUUGCUCUCACUCAGGCUCAGUCACACCACAGCCAGGCACCCCAGGCCCAGGCACCCCAAGGCACUGGGCCAGUCCCGCUCCCAGUCCCCAGCCGAAUGCUUGGGGCAUGGGGACCAUGGCGUACAGCCCCGGUUUGAAGCACAGCCAUCCCGCAGGAGCCUACCCGGACAAGAUCUGGUCCAAGACGGGGGAAAGUCGUUGUUCGACUCCUCUUGGGCUCCAAGAGAAGGCGUGGAAAUCUUGCGGGGGUUCAGUGGCAGGCAGUACCCCAUCCCCCGCCCCUGAGGGUCGCCUCUUCCCCGACGCCCUGCAGCAGUCGGAUCAGGCCUGCUGGAACCCCGGCAGAGCGGAGAGUAACGCCGAGAACCACAAGGGCCGCGAGUUGGACGAUGACGAGGUGUGGUCCGACAGCGAGCACAACUUCCUGGAUCCUAACAUCGGUGGUGUGGCAGUUGCCCCGGCCCACGGCUCCAUCUUGAUCGAAUGUGCACGUCGGGAACUACACGCCACCACUCCGCUCAAAAAGCCGGACCGCUCCCACCCGACCCGCAUCUCCCUGGUCUUCUACCAGCACAAGAACCUCAACCAGCCCGUGCACGGCCUGGCUAUUUGGGAGGCCAAGAUGAAGCUGCUGGCGGAGCGAGCUCUGCAGAGGCAGCAGGAAGCGGCGCUCCUCGGGCUCUCCCAGGAGGACAUCAAGGCCCUCGGCAAGAAGCGCAAGUGGGGGGCUACGGUGGCAGGUGCAAGUCCAGGACCCGGACAAUCUAAAGACAAGAGGGAGGGGCCAGUGACGCGAUUAGCCCCCACUUUCCAUACCAACUCUACGGUUACUGUGUCUCCCUAUGCCUUCACCCGCCUCACCGGGCCCUACAGCCACUUUGUCUGAGGUCACACAAACACAGACUGACAGCUACAGGGUGGUGCAGUGGAGGCCCCCGGAGAGAGCGUGGUGAGCAGGGUGAAUGUUUCUCAGCCAUCCAGCCGCCUGCCGCCUCUCCAUCCUGCCCCCCUCCGUAGUCCACUUGGAGGGAUGUUUUUAUUGUUUUUACCUCAUGUCAGGCAGUGGUUUGGGCUUCAAACACACUGCCUGUGGUGCUCUUCCUCUUCUCUUCCCUGGAGAGGAACUCCAUUGCUUUUUUUUUUCUUGUUUAUAGAAUUUUAAUGAUUCUUAAUUAUUGCUAUUAUCAAUAUUAUUAUGAUUGCUAUUGUUACUGUCAAUGUUGUUAUUACAGGUAUUAUAAUGAAGACUUGUUUGUUUUUAUUAUUGCUGUUUUCAUUAAUGUUAUUAUUAAUGACGUGAUUGUUUUUUUUGGUUAUAUAUUUUUUUAAAUCAAUCAGUCUGCGUCUGUCAGACUCAGACAUUUUGCUUUUUUUUCCAUGUUUGGAAAACGUGUACCCUGUUUUCUAUUUUGAUUUGAAUUGUUCUUGUCAAUCUUCCAGCUGUACUGCGAGGAGGAGCAAACGUCUGUCAGGCCGAACAGCUAAAUCAAUAUUUCAGUAAUCAUACGGAACUUAUAAAAAAAGAGCCUUUUUAUUACGCUUAGAUAUCUAUCUCUAUAUGAACAAUAUGAAGAUAUGUAGCUUUAAUUUUUAAAGAUUUAAGGCCUUCACAAAGGACUAGAGCUAUUAUUUUUCACCUGGGUACAAAACUAAACCUUCUCCAGUGGUCAUUGGUUAGACCACUGGUUCUUUAACCUUCUCUGCCGACCCCCCUCACCCCUCAACAUGCACACAGAUACACUAAAACCCAGCAUCAGACCCCCUUUGCAAAACAAACUCCCUCAUCUUGGUGGCUAUGUGCACGGUGCAGGUCUUCCAUAUGAUGAUGGUGUGACUCUUUAUCCAAAGCUUGAUCCAAAGGUAACUGGACUCGGUUGAAGAUCAAGUCCAGGUGCCUUUGGGUCAAGCCCCUGCUGCACCCCUGCAACAUAAACCCCCAGUUUGGGAACUCCUGGACUUCACCAGAAGCUCUGCUGUCUAACACACCAAAGACAGACUCACUGUACUGAGACACCCUUUUUUCAAAAUCAUUCUCUUUUGUCUCGAACUCACAAAAACUGUAAUUUCAGAUUUUUUUCCAAUCGCCGAUAUCGAGUAUAAGAUACAGGUUUACUGUUCCAUUUUUAAAUGGUAGGAGGAAACAUAAGAGCAGACAUUUGAUUCUACUUUCCUGUAUUUCUGUGAGUGAAGGCCGAAACUGAACUUUUUAGUCAUAAACAAAUCAUCAAGCUCCAUCAGAUGUGAAUAUGAUGCCCGGUGAGAAACUAAUUGUUAUUGUCCUUUACUUGAUACUGGGAGAAACUAAUGCUGCUGUUCUGGUUGUAAGAUGAUGCUCCUUCUCUGAUUCUGUGCACCCCCUCUCCUCCCCACCCCCACACACACACAGCUUUCGACUGGUGCUCAACUUUCAACCCUGAAUGAUUCUCAUUCUGCUUCUCUUCAUGGCACUUGAUGCUGAACUUCGGUGCUUUAACUCUUUAAAUCUGACUCAACUAGCAUUUGCGUAUAUGUCUUUGUUUUGACCUGGAGUGAGUACCAGAUGGUGAUGAUUGGAUCGAUUCCUUCAUUAAGACGCAUGAGCUGGACAUUUCUCAUGCAAAGAAGAGUAUAAUGAAUUGCCGUAUAGAUACUCAUCUUUGCCAUGUAUUCUCUAUUUCUUAAAGUGCACACAUCUGGUACUCAUCAGAGGUUCAAACAAAUGAUACUGUCUGCAAAUGUCAUUUGAACUAGAUCUGCAAAUACCACACAGAAAUGAAAAAACAUGGCAACUUAACCUUCCUUUAACGUUCAAGUAGAGGUGAGCACUUCCCAAAUGUGAACUCUAGAGGGCAGCAGAGACUUGGAUUCCACUCUGAAGCCAGUAGAGCCUCACCUUGCUGUUUUAACCAUCCACGGCCAGCAGAGGGGGGUAUCAGACCCUGUUUGCUGACCAGUGAUGGGCAAGGCCGUGGUUUAUCCUUGUCUGUGUGAGCAUAGUCUGGAGAUGCUUUUGGGAAGCCUGGGUUAAAAAGGCAAAGGAAACAGUGUUAGGACAGCGGUGCUUUUGGUGCUCCUACACAAACUCUGGUGCUGUCCUUUUUACACUUGAUAACCAGUGAAGGGCCCGCCUCUUCCUCUGCAUGGUGCUGUCAUCUUCAAGCAGAGCGGGGCGGGGGCGCCUUGACCUCCAGAGAGCCAGCCAGCCUGUAAGCGGCUGCCCUGCGGGUACAAAGCUAAUUCUUUGGACUUGAGAACUGGUUAGAUGUUUAUGCAUUUUUAUUUUUAUUUUUUUAAAUGACAAAUGCAUUCAGCCUCAAAGACACACUGUCGAGGUAACGAAAGCACAGUCACUGAAACCAUUUCAACCCAUUCAGAAAAAAACUAAAAGUACUGAGAGUUGAGGGCAAACUUUGGGAAAUGACGGAUUCUGGGAGUUAGCGCCAAAUGCAGAUGGAUCUCUCACUUUGUGUGUAUGUGUGUGUACGUGUGUGUGUUUGUGUGUGUGUGAGUGAAAGAGAAGAGCCAAAGAGAGAGACUAUUUGAUAGCCUAUUUGAUAGCCUUCAUUUUCACCCCAUCAACUAAACGACUAUUUGACUCAAACGGUUUCAUGGUUUGAAGCGUUGAAAAUGAAAAGUGAGUAACUCCCAGAUCUGGACGCAGGCUCCCUCCUUUGAUACCGGGUGGUUGUUAGGGUUUGGGGUCAUGACCCCUGGUCGUCUGUGAAAGACCCUGUUACCUCUCCCCCGGGGGGGUCUCCAGCUCUCUACCUCACGCUGUAGAGACACUGGUCACAAUCACAACUUGCUACUGAGGGCGGAGAAUCAACACAUAUUAUGACCCUUUGUGUGCUCAAGAUCACCACACUCAUUUGAACCUGUUCUCUUUUUGUUUUUUUGUUUUUUUACUCUUAUUUAUUACUACAUGGUGAUGAUGAUGAUGAUGAUGAUGAUUGUCUUUGAUGUUUGUUUUUUUUUCAUCUUUUUUAUAUAGCUAAUACAAAUUGUACAUAGAGAAGAAAAGAUUUAUAAAAGCACUUUUAAUCUUGA